CCAUCGGAAACGGCAACCAGCUCCAUCGAUCAGUAUGCACGUUGGAUGCAUUAUCACUACAGAUUGAGCGCAUUCGACCAGUCGAUGGCAAGCGAGACAGCGGGCGACAUGCAAGAUGCGAGUGCUCUUGUCAUCUCGACUUGCCGAAUGCAAUGCGCCUCUUGCAGCAAGCUGACUACCACGUUGUGUACUUUACAGCUCCGACGACAGCUCCCCGUGGAGAUGAGCUCAGACAAUUUGUUCGAGCAAGUAGCGCUGCCAUUGAGUUAGUAUUGUUGAGAUCCGAGGGCGAGGAUAUUCAUGGUACUUCUGAGAGCCUCAUGGCUCUGGUCGAUGCGACCGCUGACAUGCCGGCCGUGUCAAUUGUACAAUCCGAAGACAGUCUCAUCGACAUGAGAAACGUCAUGAAGCCAUGGCUACGACGAAUGCAGUCGCAGCUAACAUCAACUCUUCAAUGGACAUCAAUUGACCAAGAAGGCGUGGUGUCUCAAUCAUUCCUUCAACUCGUCUUGCGAAGCAGUUUCAGCGUGCAUGAGGGCCACGAGACAUCACAGCACUGGCACAUGCUCCACAGUGGCAUGGCUCACUUGCAUGCCGUGCAUGUGGUGCCAAUAGACUCUGUCGAUGGAAGCGUUGUAAUCGGCCUUCCAUUGCAUGCCACCAUUGCAACAGGUGACUACGAUUCCGUCGCGGUCAACAUGCACUACUUCCUGCAGAGCAGCGACUGCGCCAUCGUCGUGAAAUGCCAAAACAAGAGUUUGGUCUUCGAGUUCUAUCUCCUCGUGCCUGUGGGCAAGGCGUUUUCGGCCGAGAAUCCGUUCAUGCUUUAUCGACUAGCCGCAGGUGGUGCUUCCUUCCACACGCGAAACGCCAGCGUCGGUACAGCACGCGCCCGACACAUCAUUCAUUCCAUCCAUCCCAAAGAAGGUGUUCAACCCAUUCGACUACGAUUCAGGCACUAGCGACGUUCUCGCCACUGCGUUUACAAGCACCGUCCCAUUUGCCGCACCACAAGUUCUUCCGAUCAAAGCCAAAGCAAGGAGGCUGCUUUGACCACCGUAGUCCCAGCACUCAAGUCAAUACGAACAGCUCCGUUGUCAUUGUCCCAUUCACGCCGGCCGACGACAUUUCGCC